AUGUUCUCAUUCGUGUCAUCAACAGUUUCUUCGGCUUGUGUCGCAGCCAUUAUUCUGUCUGCUCCGCUGGCUAGCGCUCAGUGGGGAGCGGGUGGAUCAAGCGUAUACUACAGCUCUGGAUCGCCAUGGGCUGGUGCCGGCUAUGGUGCCGGCUAUGGCGCUGGUGUUGGAGCGGGUGUCGGCGCUGGCUAUGGUACUGGCUACAAUGCUGGCAUUGCACCUGGUUUCGGCGCUGGCAUUGCACCUGGUUUCGUGCUAGCAUUGCACCUGGUUUCGGUGCUAGCAUUGCACCUGGUUUUGGCGCUGGCAUUGCACCUGGUUUUGGCCCCGGAAGCGGUGCCUACAGCCCUGGCAUCGGUGGCAUCGGUCCUGGUGUUGGCAGCAUCGGCACUAUCGGCGGAAUUGGAAAUGCCGGCGGGUUUAUUUCCACUGGACAGGGCCAUGGCAUAA